AUGCCCUCGAAUCGACCCUUUCUUGCCAGUCUGUUUGUGGCAUUCCGGGCUCACUCAGCCUUACAGAAACCGUCAGCGCCUGUCUCUACGGCAUCUGCUUCGGCUGCUACCAGCAAUAGCACGAUAGUAUCCCCGACAAGAUCAGCCCUUCCAUGUUCGACAGCCGCCCAGCACGGGGCCACAACAACACCGCAGCAGAGCCCUCCGCAGUCCAUCUCCAACACUCGACAGCAUUCGCCGACGCGACGGCGUAGGAGCUCGUCCAGCUCGACCGAUGGCGCCAUGAAUGGUGGGACGGGGGAGAAGUGGUGGAUUGGUGGUAGGGCGGGGGAUGGACAAGCACGGUUCUACCAGCUGCAGCCCGUGUAG